ACUGGUUCCGCGUGUUGAUACUGAAGACAGGAUCGAGGAGAAACAAGUUUUUCGCAUCGCAGAGACCCAAAUUUAGGCCAAAAGUAGAGGAAAAUGGACAUGAAGAGGAGGGUCUCCUUAGAACUGCGGCACCGGUCGCCGACAGAAGUCCAGGAGCUGGUUCUGGAUAACUGUCGCUCUGGUGAAGGGAAGAUCGAAGGAAUCACAGCAGAGUUCUCGAACCUGGAGCUGCUCAGCCUCAUCAAUGUCGGCCUGACCAGCGUAGCAGACAUCCCCAAACUGGACAAACUCAAAAAGUUGGAGCUGAGUGAUAACAGGAUAUCAGGCGGUCUGGAGGUCCUGGCCGAGCGGCUGGUCAGCCUAACGCACCUGAACCUCAGUGGGAAUAAGUUCAAAGACAUCAGCACCCUGGAGCCACUGAAAAAAUUGCCCCAGCUGAAGAGUCUCGACCUGUUUAACUGCGAGGUGACCAACCUAGCCGACUACAGGGAGUCCAUCUUCAAGCUCCUCCCCCAGCUCACCUACCUGGACGGCUACGACAUUGAUGAUUGCGAGGCGUCCGACUCUGACGGAGAGGGAGACGGAGUUGAGGAUGAGGAUGAAGAAGAGGGAGAGUCAGAGGACUUUGAGGAGGAGGAAGAGGAGGAUGAAGAGGAUGUAGUGGCUGAAGAUGAUGACGACGAUGACGACAGCGGCGACGAUGAGGACGGAGAGGUGAACGGAGACGUGGACAGUGAGGACGAUGACGAGGAUGAGGAAGAUGAGGAGGAUGAUGAUGAGGACUCCUCUCCAGCAAAAGGAGAGAAGAGGAAGAGGGACCCUGAGGAUGAUGAAGAUGAUGAUUAAGGACCCGCGGAGACCCCUCAAACCCCUCUGACCUCUCGCCCGGUGACCCCCACACAUACACCCUCCCCCUACAUGACCUCCUCCCAUCCCCCACCAACGCUCGCCCUCCUCCUCAGACUCCUCCCACUCGUUCGACUCCUGGGCUGCGUUCCAUUUCUGAAACUGGCUUCCUCCCACUCCUCAGCUCCUCUCCUGCAGACCGAAACACCUAAAAAAUUCAUAUAAUCACCAGAAUCCUAAAUAUUCUGCCGCAUCGACGGUCGCUCCACUGAUGAACCGACAUUUAAUAACACUGCUUAUCUCACCCACCUGGAACAACUUCCUGUUAAUAUCAUUUUUACUUUCUGGCAUCUGUGUGUUUGUGGCGCCGCGUCAGUGUGAACUCAGGAAGAGCUUCAGAUUCACAAAGCUGAUUAACAGUCAUUACCAGUGAAGUUGCUGCUGCUUCAAGUCGUCGUUUUGUCUCUAAAGUGCCAGAAAAUGGUGACAAAUGUAAUUUCUCAGAGCAGAAAGUGAAGUUUGGUUUCGUCCAGCCCAAAGAUAAUCCGUUAACUCUCAUUGACGACGCAGAACAGCAGGAAUCUCCCAUUUUAGAAGCUGAACCAGAGUGUUUGACAUUUUUUGUGUGGAAGAUGAUCAAUUUCCCAGAAAUAGACUCGAUCGAGUGUUCGUUUCCGCCCUUCAGCAGAUUGAAAGGUUACAGAGCUGCUCAUCAUCAGAAAAUAUGGACAUUAUGUGACAACACAACUCUUUUCUCAGAGAAAUAUGGACCAACUGAUUGUGAUCAAAGGUCAUUCAUUUCACAAAAGCAGCUUUAACUGAGCGUUUUAUUGAUUUUGGAGUUAAAUCUGACAGAAUAUGUAUGAAACAGGACUUUGGUGACCGUCUUCCAGAUAAAAAGUAAACCCACACAUUUGCAAACCCGAUGCUUUGAUGGGACAUAAAAACACAUCAUGUGUAAAUUUUGUGAACAGGUGCAACACGACAGCAGUACACAAUCUGUAUUUCAUGAUGAUUUGAGCUCCAGAUUCCUACUCCGCUAACAAGAAGUAAACACAUCCGCAAAGCUUAAACACGAGGCAUCACGAGGUUUUACCCAAGGCCAGUUUGUACAGAAGUCCAGAGAAGUCGUUGAUAAAGACGUUUUCCGCACAAUUGAGUUAUCUUGAGAUCAGAACUUUUUGAGUUUUUUCCUUUUUAAUGUCACAAACUCUCAGUCAGGAGGAAAGUUGGCCAUGAAAACUGUCUAAAACUGUCUUUUUGUAAUAUUUGUCAGUUAAUUCACAUUCUGUCAGAACGUUUUCCAGAGAAUAGUUAUUUCAUUUACGCACGAAAACAAAUUUUGACUUCUCAGAAAAAAGCUGAAUUCGCUCGUGUCUGUGGAAAGAGACUGAGCGUGGGAGGGGACGGCACUUUCGGGAUGCUAACGACAACCAAACCCCCGAUUCCUCCUUUCCCAUCAUUCCCUGGUUCCCCCUGUUGCACCUCCCCUGACACCCCUCUGUGACAUCACCACUCUGGGACUGAAUCGGCACCUAUGAUGUCAUCACGGCGCUCUCGACAGGCUCUGUGAUGUCAUGAAAGGACAGUCAACCCCCCCCCCCCCGAGGCGCUCAGGGCAAACUGUGUUCUCUCUUUUUUGCCAACAGAGCUUUUUAAAAGAAAUAUUUUUUCAGAGAAAUUGUUCUUGUUUAAUUUUGUAUGGUCGUCUCUCUCUCUGCCUCGCUCUUCAUUUCUCUUCCUGCUCAGUAGAGAGAUCCAGUUGAUCCUUCACACUUACACUGAUUAGUUGAGGUUGUGUGUUUUUUUU